UUAUAGAUACAUCCACAAGUAUACAAUCAUAUAGAUUCUCAUUAUCACCACAAACAUGGUUAAAAUGAUUAUUCCAAAUGUGAAAGUUUGUUUCAUAAUCUUGAGUCUUGUUGGGAUAGUUUCAUGCCAAUUGUCCUCUGAUUUUUACUCAACAACAUGUCCUGAUGCUCUUUUAACCAUUAAGAAUGAAGUAGAAUCUGCUGUGAGUACUGAGGCUCGCAUGGGUGCAUCAUUGCUUCGUCUUCAAUUUCAUGAUUGUUUUGUUCAGGGUUGUGAUGGAUCUGUAUUGUUGGACGAUACAUCAAGUUUCACAGGUGAAAAAACAGCAGGUCCAAACGCUGGUUCUUUGAGAGGUUUUAAUGUAAUUGACACCAUAAAAUCUAAAGUCGAAGCUUUGUGUCCUCGUGUUGUCUCUUGCGCUGAUAUUGUCGCCAUAGCUGCAAGAGAUUCUGUUGUCGCACUUGGUGGACCUAGUUGGAUAGUACAAUUGGGGAGAAGAGACUCGACCACAGCAAGUUUUAAUUCUGCAAACACAGAUUUACCUGGUCCUGACUCAGAUCUAAGUGAUCUUAUUACUGCUUUUUCUAACAAAGGUUUCACUACCAAAGAAAUGGUUGCUCUAUCCGGAUCUCACACAAUUGGUCAAGGAAGCUGUAGAUUCUUCAGAGACAGGAUCUACAACGAGGACAACAUAGAUUCUGAAUUCGCAACAUCACUGCAAGCAAACUGUCCUACCUCGGGUGGUGACGACAAUUUGUCACCAAUUGACACCACCACACCAACUACAUUUGAUAACUCUUAUUACAAGAACUUGCAAAACCAAAAAGGUCUAUUUCACUCGGAUCAAGUUCUUUUCAAUGAUGGUUCAACUGACUCGGACGUUGAUGAAUAUAGUAGUGACGCUUCGAGUUUCGCAACUGAUUUUGCUAAUGCAAUGGUCAAAAUGGGGAGCAUUAGUCCACUUACUGGGGCAAGUGGUGAGAUUAGGACUGAUUGCAAGUUUGUCAAUUGAAGUUUUGGGACUUUUGGGAAAAUAAUGUAUGUUAAUUUGGGGGCUUUUAUUGUGGCAAUGUUUAUGGUUUUAUAAAUGUAAUGUGUGUUUAAACUUUAAUAUGGAUCAAUUUCAAUGUUUGAAAUUGUUUAAACUACUGUGUAAACUCCUCCAAUGCAAAAAUUAAUAAGAUCCUCAUUCCUCCACUUUUACUUUGAUAUCUAU